UUGCGUGGUGGCGUCGCGUACUUCGAGAAAGAUUGUUCCACUUGUAGUGGCCACCGAGUUUGUGUCUCGGUCUUUUUUAAGUGUUUUUCUUUUCAGUGGAAAAUUAUUUAAAUGCAAUCGAGGAAACCGGUGCCGAGGACGGACGUUGUGCAGCUGUAUUUAUGUUCGGGUUAACUACGAGAGUCGCAGUUAAAACAUACUGAACAAACUGAAUGGCGAAAGAAAACAGGAUUUCGCGACAUUUCCCUUUCAGCAGAAGAACAGCUGAAAAUGCCUGUGGGUGAUUCCUCCCAGAGCCCCGCACAUGCAGAGAAACCAUCAACCAAAGCUGUCUCUGCUAUCAGGAACUGGUGGAAUACCCACCAGUUAGAUAAACUGGACGCCAAUGACUCCAAUACCGAGGAGGACAAGGAGGAGUUAGCGAGGAGGAGACAGUUGUCUCUAAACCUCAGUCAGACUUUGCGGACCAGGCAGCUGCUCAUAGGUUUUGAAGGUGGCAGACCUACUUUGAGUCUCAGGGCACCGCUGAACCUGGUCAACUUCCCAUCGGCCUCCCAACCCCGGUGGCCCAUAGAGUGUGAGGUCAUCAGCGACGUCAUUCAUCACAUAGAGUGGGACCCCCCAGAACCAGAGCCUUUUUAUCAGCCCACAGGACGUGAGAGGACACCGAUGCCAGCUGGAAAGGAGAGAGGGAAAGUGGUGUACUGCAUUGACCACGCCACUACACACCCCUAUUUCACCUGCUCUCGUGUUGGAGGCAGCAGGGGACCCAUUAAGAGUGCAACUUGUCAUGACAUCAAUCGGACAGAGUUCACCCUCGAGUUCGAGUCGCGCUUUGAGAGUGGGAACCUUCAGAAAGCCGUGCAAGUGGGUGUUUAUGAAUAUGAGCUCACCCUGCGCACAGACUUGUACACCAGAAAGCACACACAGUGGUUCUACUUCAGGGUCAGGAACAUGACAGCUGGCGUGACCUACCGCUUCACUAUAGUCAACUUGAUGAAGAGCAGCAGUCUGUAUUCUCUGGGUAUGAGACCACUCCUCUAUUCUGAGAGGGCUGCCGUGGAGAAAGGCAUUGGAUGGCAACGCACCGGCUCCAAUAUCAGAUACUACCGUAACUGCAAUCAGAAUACGAAAGACAACAACAGCGACACCAUUGUCCUGUACUCGCUCACCUGGACUCUCCAGUUCCCUUAUGACUCUGACACCUGUUACCUGGCCCACUGCUACCCCUACACCUAUUCACACCUGCAGCGCUACCUGAAGCGUAUUUCUUCCAACCCGGCAGUCGCGUCAUACUGUAAACUGCGGGUGCUGUGCCACAGCCUCGCUGGGAACGCCGUGUAUGUGCUGACAAUAACGUCUCGAGGGCUUGGCAGGGUGGAGGACAGGUUCAAGAAGGCUGUGGUGGUGACGGCCCGAGUGCACCCUGGAGAAACCAACGGGUCCUGGAUGAUGGAGGGUUUGCUGGACUUCCUGCUCGGAGACUCAGAAGAUGCUCAGCUACUCAGGGACUUCUUUGUUUUUAAGGUGGUGCCAAUGCUGAACCCAGAUGGUGUGGUGGUGGGGAAUUACCGCUGCUCUCUGGCAGCCCGGGACCUCAACAGAAAUUACAAGACGCUGCUCAGAGAUUCCUUUCCCUCUGUGUGGCACACUCAAAACAUGGUGGAAAGGCUGAUGGCCGAGAAGGAUGUUGUUCUUUACUGUGACUUUCACGGCCACAACCGCAAAAACAAUGUCUUCAUGUACGGUUGUAACAACCGUGGCGAUUCCUCUCUGAAGCUUCAUGAGAGAGUCUUUCCAUUCAUGAUGAGCAAGAACACCAGUAACAAGUUCUCCUUCAAGAGCUGUAAAUUCCGGGUGCAAAAGAGCAAAGAGGGAACAGGACGAAUCGCCAUGUGGAGGCUUGGCAUCAGAAACAGCUACACUAUGGAAGCCAGCUUUGGAGGCUCCACUCUGGGCGACAGGAGAGGAACACAUUUUAUUACUCGAGACCUGAAGUCCCUGGGCUUUUAUUUUUGUGACACCCUGCUGGACUACUGUGACCCUGAUCCAGCAAAGACCACUUACUGUCUGACAGAGCUGGCAGCUCUGUUGAGAAAGGAGGCCAGAGAACGGCUGGGCAAAGAUUUGGGCACUGACUGUAACUUCUCAAUGUCUGACCUGGAAACAAGCACCAGUGGUUCAAAUAGUUCAGAUUCAGACGGACUCCCAGUUCAUUUACUGAACCAGCCACACACUGUCCAUCCAGAGCAAAGUUCAGUCAAGAAGAAAAAGAAACGCUUAAGGACCCAUAAAGAGAGGAACAGGCUACGACCAGACAGAGUGAAGAGCAACUCACAACCAAAGGAGUCCAACCUUCCGCAUGAGACCACAGUUAAAGAGAGCGUCCCAGAGAGGCCUGUUGGAAGACACAGGAGAAAAUGGCAGGUACACGGUCUGAUAAAAAAAGCUGUGAUCCCUCCUCCCACCACUCACCCUGGGGAGGUCAGUCAGGUGACUCUGUGGCAGGGCUGCGAGCCUGUCAAGGACGACUGCAUGGAAAACAUGAGGGCUGCGUACGUGCAUCGCAGGGCAAAACCAUGUCCACAUCUCGGGACAUACACAGUUGCAUCACCUCACAUGGAUGAGCCGGGGAGGGAUACGGGACAGUGGCGGUGCUCCUCUCAGCUGCUGCACCUGAGUGCUCUCAUUCCACCUUCAUCGAAUUUCAUGCAUCCCAACCAACGACAUCAUCACUACCCACGCCAGUCCUACAUCUCUUACAAAGUCUGCAGAGGGCUGCCACCUUCCCUUACAGCACCCCACAGGUCUCCUUCAUCCAUAUGUAUGAAGAUGGUUCCAGACAUUAUUCCAACAAAGCGUCUGCUGUCAAGUUUCACCAAUGACACAUUCAAUGGCCGGUAUAUUUAUAGAGACAGAAAUUCUUUACGGGUCUCAGACCGUUACUUUUUGCCUGAGAAUUCCUCCACCUCACACGCAGAUGUAACCAAGACCAAACGACAGAACGAGGAACAGGAGGAUGAUCUCUCAGGAGUGGGCUUGUCACUGUUGAGAUGUAUAACACUUGGAGAGCAGAACCAGAGAGCUCUCACCCCUGACAUCCCCCUGAGAGAAACUGAAUCACACAGUAAUGUAUUUGUGCCUGUGCUAAGGGCCACAGACCCAAGAGGAAAAAGUCUGUACAAAGAGACUUUGGAGGACAAAAUGCAUUUAGGUGUUUUACCUCCUGUGUCAAAGCCUUCAGGCCUCAUGAAGAUGGACGUUCCACAUCCACAGAGUGACACCCUCAGUAUGCCUCAGGCAAAGGGCAUCAGGCACUAUCACUCUGGAAGAGAGAGCCAAAUAAGUAUGGCCCCACAAGAUGCAAUGGUCGCAAGACCAUCACAGUCUGCCCCACUGUAGGACGCCAUGUUUAAUUAUAACGUCCCCUUUAAAAUUUGAUAAAAUCCAUGUAAACGGUAUGACUGAUUUUUUGCACAACGUUAAUUACAAUGCUAAUGUGUUUUCUGCUGAGUGUUGACAUUGGUAAAGAUAAGAUUUACUGAUGACAAAUGUUUAAACUUGGAUUUUCAGAACACACCACCACAAAGACUAUGAUGCAGUGCCCUAGCUGCCUAAUAAAUGAUACACAGGCUAUGUGU